AUGAAAAUAAGUAAAAUUUUAGGUUUUGAAAUAGCCUUAUUUUUGGUCGCUGCAGUUUUCUUGUACUAAAUAUCCUUUUCUUAGAUUCAAAUCAGUGAAAAAUCCCCUAAAAACUAGAGAAAUGAAUCAUUUAUCUUUCCAAAAAAUUUUACUAAUUUGAAAACACCUCUUUAUUCAAGACUCAUUUUUAUAAUUCUAGAUGGAAUUACCUAUGACUAUGUUGAUAGCAGGAUCAAAGAAAUUCCAGAUGUAGAAGAAGAUUGCGAAAUUCAUAUUCAUAAGAUGAAAUUCUUCAAUGAUAUUCUUAAUGAGAAUCCUGGAUCUACUGUAUUAUAAAGACUAGAAAUUGAACCUCCACCUAAGACAGAAAUAAAAAUAUAAACAUAUUUAAAAGGUACAAACCCUGUUGUUUUUUCUAUGAAGAUACCUGAAUAAAACCCUCAUCAAAUCAAAAUGGAAGAUUCGUUGCUCUAUUAGAUUGGACAAGCUGAUCAUCUUAAAGAAAACUAUGGAUUCCUUACAUAUUACCUUUAUGAUUAUUUAGGUUAUUAGCUCAAAAUUAAUCAAUUCGCCUUGAACCCAUAUUACAAGAGUUAUGAAUAACUUAAAUAAAGUGAAGAGUAAAGGGUUUAUGAAUACUUAAAUAUAAUUAAAUCAAAGAAUUAUGAAACUUUAUUUAUCUAUGAAGGUUUAUUCGAUGAAACUACCCAUUCUGAAGGUAUGCACAGUCAAUAAGGUCUAGAUGCAUAGAGACGUAUUGAUGAGAUUUUGAGAGAAGCUGCUUAAAAUAUGGACGAUGAUGCUCUUAUGGUUGUUGUCAGUGAUCAUGGAAAGUCAGAAAGUGGUGGUCAUUUUAACUGUAGGAAUGAAGAUACAAAGGUUUGUAAUUCACUAUUUUUUGCAUACACAAAAAAAGGUUUUAUCAAAAACGACAAAUUCAUAGAAAGCUUAAGAAGAGCCGAAACAAAUAGUAGAAUUUCUAGUUAGGGAGAACUAUUCUUAGCACACGAGAGUAUGAUAUCAAGCACCAUAUCUAAUAUCUUAAAUAUACCCAUAUCUUUUGUUAAUUCUGGAAGAUCUCUUUUUGAGAUUUACCCUAAAAGCAAAUUUGAAAACAGAAUUGAGAUGCUUCAAAGAAUUCUCCAAGAUUCUUUCACCACAUUGUAAUAGCAAGUAGAGCUCUACAGAUAUAUUCAAGACAUUAGAUAAACUUUCGAUAGUAGCUAUUUUUAAUAAAUAAUAAAUUAAGUAUUCGAUAUUGAAAUACUACUUUAUUACGAGACUAAAGAUGUGAUAAUCUAUUCUGAGGAAAGAUUAGAAGAAACUAUAACAAGAAUUGUCAACAUCCAAAAUUAGAUCUAAAAGUCUAUAUAUGAAGACACUUAGUUCUACUCUAACAAAUUGUUAGUAUUUGGUAUUAUUUUUGGUGCUUGCGUUUGUUUGGCAAUUUUUUUUUUAUCAUUCCAAGAGCUAAUUUUGAAGAAUUCCUCAUACAAAGAUUAUUUAUUUAUACUAUUAAUGACCACAUAUAGUUGUUAUAUAUACAUCAGGAAUGAGCAAAAUGAUUUAGAAGCAUUUGGAUGUUAAUUAUCUGUGAUUCUUUUUAUAUAUCAAUUCCUCAAAGUAUAUAAAAAUAAAGAAUAAAUGCUUUGCUUAAUAGGUUUCGUAGUUUUAAAUAUACUAAUUUACUUCAGAAACUAGUUUUUGAACUUAUAAUAAAUAACAUUUUUGUGUGAAAUGAUAAUAUUUGGUAUAUACUUCAAGCAAAUCAAGGAUCUUUAAAAUUCGACAAGAAGUAUGAAGUACUACACCUUAGCUUUUACUUUUUGUAUUGUAAUUUUAGAAGUUCUAUCUCUAUACAAAUAUUCUGAAUACUUUUUUGCUAUAAAAUUGAUAUUCUAUGUCUACUCUUGCUACAUUCAAUAUCAAUAAAAUUCAAAUUUCUAUUUGAAAGAAUUUAAAAUAGAUUUGAUUUUAUUAAAUCUAAUUUAUCAUUUAAUCAUUUUAUUCUUACAAAACUCCUAGCUUAAAUCUGGUUUAUCUUAUUUUCCAAUCGUUUUAUUAAAUGCAUAUCUAUUAGCAUAUGCAAUAUCAUUGAGUGAAAAAGUAUAUUACUCUUAUUUUACUCAAACCCACAUUUAUCUAAUGUCAGCAGUAUUUUAUUAGGUUCUUAACUUAGAGACAAGAUAUUAUCAUACAGAUUUUAGCAUAUUCCUUAUAGUACUUUUCUUUUUCCCUAUACCUUUUAUAGGACAAAUGUUUUAUAGCAAGUGUUAGCAUUAGCCAGACAAGCUAAUUGAAGAUAUUGAGUAAAGAAAAUUAAUAAAAGUACAAGUAAGUGAAGAUGAAGAAAUAGAAGAAAAUAAAAUAUAACAAAAAAACCAUAAAAUAGAAACUUUUAGAAAUACAAGAAUAUAUUAAAUAAAAGGAGGAUUAAUACUUAUAUCAGCUGUUUGCUUAAUAUUCAGCUGUAUUGGUCAGCUAUGGAUGAUUUUAAAUAAAUAAGUCUUCGCGGAUAAUUAAUUUAUUUUUAAUAAUGAAUAUAUUAUGAUAACUGUAGUUUGUAUGUUAGCAGCUAAUUUAUUUAUUCGUGAAUGA